GCUGCUGCACAAAAAAAAAAAAAAAGAAAAAGAAAAGCACAUAAUUCUCAUAACACAGCACGCGCCUUACGAAAAAACCCAGGCUGUGCAAAACAAACAACAAUUAAAAAACAGUUGACAGGCGGCGCUGGCCCAGUGCAAUAGUCGCUGCUUGUGUGAGAAAGCUGGAAGCAUGUUGUGGACGGUGCAUCUCGAUGGUGGUCCGCAGCGCGUGAAUCAUGCAGCUGUGGGCGUCGGCGAGUUCAUCUAUAGCUUCGGUGGCUACUGCACCGGCGACGAUUAUCGCUUCAAUGAACCGAUCGAUGUGCAUGUGCUAAACGUGCACUCGAUGCGCUGGACUCUGGUGCCGCAGCAGUGUGACAGCGACGGGGAUCCGCUCAAGUAUCCGCUGGUGCCGUUCCAGCGUUAUGGCCACACUGUGGUUGCCUACAAGGAGCGCAUUUACAUUUGGGGCGGCCGGAACGAUGAACAUUUGUGCAAUGUGCUCUACUGCUUCGAUCCAAAGACGGCGCGCUGGGCACGCCCGGCGGUAAGCGGUUGCCUGCCGGGCGCCCGGGAUGGGCAUUCGGCGUGUGUGAUUGGCAAUUGCAUGUACAUAUUUGGCGGAUUUGUGGAUGAGAUCAAUGAGUUUAGCAGCGAUGUGCAUGCUCUGAAUCUGGAGACAAUGGAAUGGCGUUAUGUUCAAACGUUCGGUGUCCCGCCGACCUAUCGGGAUUUUCAUGCGGCCGUCGCAUACGAGGAGGAGCGCAUGUAUAUAUUUGGUGGGCGCGGCGAUAAGCACAGUCCAUACCAUAGUCAGGAGGAGACCUACUGUCACGAGAUUGUUUAUCUGGACAUGAAGACAAAGGUCUGGCAUCGACCCUUUACCGCCGGCAAGGUGCCAGUGGGUCGGCGCAGUCACAGCAUGUUUGUCCACAAUAAAUUGAUCUUUGUCUUUGGCGGUUAUAAUGGUCUGCUGGAUCAGCAUUUCAACGAUCUGUACACAUUCGAUCCGCGCACCAAACUCUGGAAUCUGGUGCGCGCCAAUGGCCAGGCGCCGACGGCCAGACGACGUCAGUGUGCCAUUGUCAUGGGCACGCGCAUGUUCCUCUUUGGCGGCACCAGUCCUCGCUGCUCCAUGCCACAAUCGCAGAACUCAGUGUUGCGCGGCAAUGAGCUAACGCAGCCGCCGGCGGCACCGCCGCUGCAACAGCAGCCGGCAGCAGCGCCACCAGCAGCAGGAGCAGCUGCAGCGGCAGCUGCAACCACCACACUGAUUGACUACAGCGAUCUGCAUGUGCUGGACUUUGAGCCCACGCUGAAAACGCUUGCCACGAUGGUGGUGCUGAAGCAUCAGCUGGACAUUUCCGGCUUGCCGCGCAGUUUUCGGGCGGAUCUUAACAUGCUGACACAGCCGAACAGUAUUACCCGGCCCAUCAAUCAGGCCGGCUAGCAUUUAUUGUUCAUGUUGGAAAUAGAUAAAAAUACAAUCGGUUGAUGACACCUGGUGCUCGGAUCGUUGCCCCCUUGUCGUAUUUCAGCGACAAGCCACAAAACAAAAGAACAGGCAACUAAAAACAAAACAAAAAAGCAUGCGUUAAAAAACAUCAUGAGAUGACAACAGUUAUUUAGCUUAAUUUACACGCUUUUUCCACAACGCUUGAUGGAAGCGGAUUGCACUAGUCCCAGUUGUCGAGCAAUGCAUCCGAUCUCUUCCAAAAGUGCUCGAAAUAUCAAAUGACACCACACAUAUACAUACAGAGAAACAGAGAGAGAGAGAGAGAGAGAGAAAGAGAGAGACACUCGCACACACUCAGACUCGCACACACGGACACUAAAAAACUAGUAAUAAACAAUGCAGUUUCAGAAACUUGCUUGGACUUACAAUUACACAAUUAGCUCUAGUUUGUAAAGUGUUUAUAUAUAAUUAUCAUAAAUAAAAAUCGCAUAUUAUUAUUAUUGAAAAUACUGUUGGGCGUCGGCUUAAAUCAAUUUUUGCCUUAAACGCAACGAUCUCAGAGACUGCGAGCUCGAGCAACAAAAUUCGCAUAUAUUCACUUUAGUUAACUUUAUUAUUAACUUCAAACGCUUUGCGGCAAAUAAAAAUACAUAAUUGUUAUAGGUUAUAAUAACGCCUUUCUAUGCGAUUCUCAUGGCUUCAAGUAAGGCUCGAAAGAAACAAACCCUUGUUCUUUCUACUCUAUCCUCUAAUCUACUCUCUCGCCUAUCUCUCUCCUCGAUAACACACUUCGGCUCUCAUGCCUCAAUACUCAUACACCGUUCCUACGAAUCUUCCUCGCCCUUUCUCUUAUAUAAAGCUAUUUAAGAAUUUGUUGGUGCUUCUCUCUUUUUUAUAAAACUUUCAUUAUCUUACCUUCCUUUCAAAAAUUUGUCAUUCCUAUGUGAUUUUCAAAUGUGUCUAGUUGAAUAAUAGUGUACGCAUGUUUACUCCCGGUUUCUAUCUCA